AACGUUUUGCAUACAAAUCAUAGAAAACUCAUUCAAAUGUAAUUUCCUUUUAUUGUAUAAGGAUACACUUUGUUUACUAAUAUUAGAUUUGUAUAUCCUAAUAGUAAAAAAAACAUGACAUCCCCUAAAAAAAUGUCUUCCGAAAUUAAUUAAUGAUCAACUUUUUGCGAACACUAUCGUGCGACUUUUUUCUUAAUUAUUUACCUCGGAAAUGACGAAAAGUAUGAGUAUUUCAUGAUAUUUCAUCUUUAUCAACGAAGUUGACUAUUUAAACAGGAUUUCAUUAGUUUCAUAUAUCAGUCUAAUACUAUUGUUAAGAAGAUUAUGGAAGCAAAAUUACAGCCUUUAAUCACUCUAUGUGUUAUACUUUUGGUUGAUGGUGCGGUUUUAAACAGAUCUAUUCAUGACCAACUGCAAGAUAAUGGUUUAACAAAUACAAAGGUCCAAGCAUUCGGUAGAGGGCAGACACAUAUAGCGCCACGGUUGGACAAAACACCAUUAUUCAAUAUGUUCUACACCCAGCCAUUCGUUGAUCCAAAAUCACAUUUAGAUCAAUUGCAUACUAAUCAAAGAACAUACCGGAAUGAAUACUACUGGAAUUCAAUAUUCAACAGUUUAUUUAGGGACCUGAUGUCAGAGUUAAGACAGAAUGCCAAUCCAGCAAAUAUAUUGACAAAUUUAAAUGAGGAACAAGCACCUGUUAUAAAUCACCGAUAUGAAGUUUCUAUAAUUGAUCCAAGAACGAUAAACCGCAAAAAAACGACAAAUAAUUUUGAUAAACCUACACAGAAAACCCCGAAUCCGCCAUCACCAGUAGUAAAUGCUGUACCAAUCGAAAGGGUGACAAACUUAAAUGAAGAACUAAAACCUUUUAUAAAGCAUCAAAAUAAAGUAUCAAAAGGAGAUCCUAGAAAUGGUGAUCAAGAAUCAUCUAUACAUAGUGUGAAUCAACCUGUUUCAAACAUAGACCAUGCGCAAUCCACAUUAAUUGAUCAUAAAACAAUCGAAAGUGUACCAAACUUAAAUGAUUUGCAAGCGUCAAUUAUCAAACAUCGAUACAAAGUGUCCAUCGAUGACCCAAGAACCAGCAAACAAAAGGAAACUAGAAGAAAUCUUGAAAAACCUGGAUCAAUAAUUGAUCAUCCGCAAUCUACCAUAAAUGAUCAUAAAACAAUCGAAAGUUUUCCUAACUUAAAUGAUUUGCCAGCUCCAAUUAUCAAACGUCGAUACAAAGUGUCCAUGGUGGAUCCCAGAACAAUCAAACAAAAAGAAGUUACAAGAAAUCUUGAUAAACCUGGAUCAAUAAUUGACCAUCCGCAAUCUACUGUAAAUGAUCCUAAAACAGUCGAAAGUUUUCCUAAAUUAAAUGAUUUGCCAGCCCCAAUUAUUAAACGUCGAUACGAAGUGUCAAUGGUGGACCCCAGAACCAUCAAACAAAAAGAAACAAGAAGAAAUCUUGACAAACCUGGAUCAACAAUUGACCAAAUGUCAUCUUCAGUAGAUCCUACAACAAUAGGAGGUUUGACACCAUUAAAUGAAGUACCUAUGAUAGAACAUCAAUAUAAAGCGACUAUAAUUGACCCAAGAACGAUCGAACGGACAUUUUCUAAACAAAAGCAAGAUAAUAAAGCACUUAUGAUGCAAAAGAAUCCAACAACUGCAGACAAUUUUGAGAAAUUUCUCAGUUUAUGGUCUUCAAAUUCAGAAAACAUUCCUUUUCCUCUUAUAAACAACCAAAAGAACCCAUUCAGAAUCUAUCAAAUGCCUGUUUAAUGCUCUUUAUUAAAUGGAGGUCCUGUUAAUUGAAUGCCUGUAUACUCGGGUAGGUCAGACCGAACCCGUUCAAAGAAUGAACAAACUCUCAUAAGGAUAUUUUAGAUAUGAACGUGAUUAAAUGUAUAUACUUGCUACAUUGAUCCACUCAGUUUUAGACUUUGUGACUAGUGACACUGUAUGGACAAAGUCUUAUCAAUAUCUGCAGUUUACAAUCCAGUCUUUUCAUUAUGAAAAUAGAAUUAGCAUGGGUAGUAUAUUUUUUUCAUUAGACACAUUAUAUGAGAUCUUCGAAAAAGAAAAAAGAGGUAUUUUAUAAUGUUAAAAUACUGUUAAUUACAUAUUGAUUAUGUAAUUUAUGUAAUUAUUGUACAAAUAAAAUCUGUAAACGAAAUUU